UAUGAGUGACUAAGAAAUAUUAUUAGUUAAAAUAUUUAGAAAAUACUUUUUAAAUGCUUAUAAGUUAAUCUUUUCAUUAGACUAAAAGUAAGCAGAUAGAUUUAAAGAGAAAAAUACUUAUUAUUAUACUUAAUAACAUAAAGAUUGUCAUCAUGAACAUAAAGAUGAUGAUAGAAAUUGUUGUGGAUCUUUUUUUGCUAAAGUCUAUAUACCUGAAAAAGAAAGAAGUGCUUUAGAAUAAAUUGUAUUUGAAUAAUUGUCUAAAAAUAAUAUUCGAACCAAAUUACCAUAGAUUUUGGAUUAUUUAUAAUAGAGAUUUAAUAGUAUUAAAAAAUCUGGAAAAAAGGAUAAUUUAUAAUGGGAUGUAGAAACUGAAGUUUAUAUUUUGAAUGAAGUAUUAAGAGAAGGAUUAUAAUUUUAUUUCUUAAAAGAGAUUAGAUUAGAAAUGUAAAAGGAAUAAUAUAUAGAUUCAAAAUAAUAAAUGUUAGUUGCUACUCCAUAAACUUGGAUUAAUAAAUAUCCUAAAAUUGAAUUAAAUUUCUUAUCUGCUGAUUUUAUGUAUGAUUUAAUGAAUACUGGAUGGAGUAUUAUGAAUAAAUUUAUUAAUAAUAAUGAUUAUUGUCAUGCAUUAUAUAAAGAAUUAGAUUUUUUAGAAAGAGAUGGUAGAUUUGAAGAAGUUUAAACUGAACUUUAAAGAGAUGAUAAGACAUUUUGGUUAACCUUAAGUUAAAUGGAUAAGGAUUCAUUUAAAAAUCUAUAUUUCAUAUCUCACAUUCUAAGUGCUUUACCUUAUGAAUUGAAUUCCAAAAAUAAAGAUUUAUUAGUAUAGAUAAGUGAAUCAUAUUAAAUAAGUUAUUUUGGAGGAAAAGAAAAAAAACAUAAAAAGCAUUUUGAUUCUUCCUUUGAUAAAAAGGCUGAUACAGGUAAAAAGUUUACUUUUCUUUACAUUAUUAAUCCUGUUACUAUUGAAAUUGAUGAAUAAAAAAUCUCUUUAUAACCAGAUAAUAUUGUUGGUCUUAUGAGUAGAAAAAUCCCUUAUGCAUUAUAUUCAAACGAUGGAAGAGCAUUUUUAAUUAGAUAUUUUAUAGAUGGACCUGUGACCAAUAUCUGUUGA